AGGCCAGGAAACUACAACUCCCGGGACGCUCCGGAGCAGGGCCGCUGGACUACGGGAAGCGGCAGGCAGAGGCCAGCAAGAGGCAACUCCGGGAUCUUGGGUGCAAAAGCCCAAGGUUAGGAGCCGCAGGCAUGCUGCGUCCCAAGGCUUUAACCCAGGUGCUAAGCCAAGCCAACACUGGAGGUGUCCAGAGCACCCUGCUGCUGAAUAACGAGGGAUCUCUUCUGGCCUACUCCGGUUACGGGGAUACGGACGCCCGGGUUACCGCAGCCAUCGCCAGUAACAUCUGGGCCGCCUAUGACCGGAACGGGAACCAAGCGUUUAAUGAAGACAAUCUCAAAUUCAUUCUCAUGGACUGCAUGGAGGGCCGUGUAGCCAUUACCCGAGUGGCCAACCUUCUGCUGUGUAUGUAUGCCAAGGAGACUGUUGGCUUCGGAAUGCUCAAGGCCAAGGCGCAGGCCUUGGUGCAGUACCUGGAGGAUCCCCUCACCCAAGUAGCGGCAUCAUAGUGGGCGUUGGUGGAAGCUGGAGUCAGAAAAGAGAGAUGACCACUGGGAGGGGCAGGGCCCCCUGGGGAAACCUUCCUGGACUGUGGAGGGAGGGUGGGACUUUGUUUUUUCCAAGAAUAAACUUCAGCUCCUGU